AUGAAGAAAACUCUCAUUUUAUGCUUCAUACACGGCUUCAAGGGUGGUGAUGACACCUUUGGAGAAGGCUAUGAGUUCACGGAACACCUUCGCUCACUUGUCGAGCAAGCCCUGCCCAAACUCAACGUCCAAGUUCUUGUGUAUCCCAAAUAUGAGACAAGAGGCGACCUAGGCAAUUGCGUCAGCCGAUUUCGCGACUGGCUGCAAGAGAAGGUCAUCGACAUUGAAGUCGAAGCCGGCACUUCAUCCCCGACCGUCGACCCCUCGGUCCGCACCAUCCUCAUCGGCCACUCCAUGGGCGGCAUCGUCGCCGCCGAGACAGUCAUCGGCCUGACGUCUGACAAACCCAUCUACUCCGAAGACGGCGUCGAAAAGUCGGCCCAGACGCCCACGUCGUUCAACUCGCUCAUGUUCCCCUACGUCCAGGGCGUCCUCGCCUUCGACACGCCCUACCUCGGCAUCUCGCCGGGCGUCGUCGCCCACGGCGCAGAGGGGCACUACACGGCCGCCUCGGCCGCCAUGACGCAGCUCAGCGGCCUCGGCACCGCCCUCUGGGGCGCCACGCCCAACAAGUCCGCGUCCCCCGGCCCCGCCAACGCCUCGCGCGCCCCCGUCGCCGCGCUCCCGGCCCCGUCCUCGCCAGGCGGCACGACGACCCAGCAGCAGCAGCAGCAGAGCCCGUGGGCGAAAUGGGGCAAGAUCGCCGCCAUCGCCGGCGGUGACGUCGGGAAUAUAUAG